CAUGCGCGGCAGACGGGCCGCUGGGGUCUCGAGCAGCUGCUAUCUGUUGCGCCGCCGCCUGCGGGAGCGGGCAGAUCCGGGUCUCGUGGCUAAGAGUGACGUGGUCAAUCGAAUCAAAACACAGGAGGGGAGGAAGCCGGCGGCCGGGAGCAGCAGCAGCGGCGGCGGCGUCCGGAGAGCAGCUGCAACGUUCCGGAAGCUCCAGGCGGUCUUUCUGCCGAGCCUUGGUCUCGGCUCCCAUCCUCCCCGCCCCGUCGGUUGUUGUCUGGGCGGGUGAGUGUCUCCCCAUCUCCCAACACGAUUUAAACAGUCAACUUACAUCAAGCUGCGUAAUCAUGGCAGAAGGUGGAUUCGAUCCCUGUGAAUGUGUUUGCUCUCAUGAACAUGCGAUGAGAAGGCUGAUCAAUCUGCUGAGACAGUCCCAGUCCUACUGCACAGACACGGAAUGUCUUCAGGAAUUACCAGGACCCUCCGCUGAUAAUGGCAUCAGUAUCACUAUGAUCUUGAUGGCCUGGAUGGUUAUUGCUGUGAUCUUGUUUCUCCUGCGACCUCCUAAUCUAAGAGGAUCCAACCUAACUGGAAAGCCAACCAGUCCUCAUAAUGGACAGGAUCCACCAGCCCCACCUGUGGACUAACUGGGAUAUGGGAAGUGAAAAUAGUUAACACCUUGCACGACCAAAUGAACGAAGAUGACCAGAGUACUCUUAACCCCGUUAGAACUGUUCUUCCUUUUGCAUCUGCAAUAUGGGAUGGUAUUGUUUUCAUGAGCUUCUAGAAAUUUCACUUACAAGCUUAUUUUUGCUUCUUGUGUUAUCACCAUUCCUAUUUACAAUAUAUUUGAGUAAAUGAUUCUAUUUAAAAAAAGUUACAUGGGCCUUUUGGUUAUCCUAAACUUACACAUUCCACUCAUUCUGUUUGUAACCAUGAUCAUAAUUUCUGUGAUGAUUUUUGGCCUGAUUGAAGGAAAUUUGAGAUCUCUGCAUUUAAAUAUUUUAAAUAGUUUUGAUAGGUUUUAAAAUUGCAUUUUUCAUAGGUAUUUAUAAACUUACUUGGGAUUGUCUGAGAUUGUAUGAAAUAAAAUUAGAACCACACUGUAUUUACAUUUACCUUGGUAGUUUGUGGGUGGCAGUUUUCUCUAGUUCUUGGCACUGUGGCAGCCUUUGGAAUAUUUUACAAGUUACAGCUGAAAUCUGUAUCAUCCACUAAAACUGGCUUAUGUGACUAGAAAAGGAGGAGGAAAAAAAAUGAAAUAAUUGUCUACUAAGUUUUUUAUUCUGAUAAAAAUGUCUAAUAUUAAGAAAACUUUAAACAUGAUUUAAAUAUGGUGGAUGAUUUACAGUACAUUAUAUGACAUUUGAAGCCACUGUACACUAGCCUUGCAAGGCUCAUGAAAGGAGGAAAAUAGUUUAUUUUUUUCUGCCUUUGCCAGCUAUAAUCUAUACAGUAAUAAUUUAAUCUGUAAUUUAUUUUAAAAAUGGGUGACUCUCACAAAGCUUCUUUUCUGUUCUAACACUUCCCUCUUAAAUGAAACUCUCUUACAGCUGUAUUGAGGGCCUGUUUGGAUACUGACAUUUGAAUGCUAUUUACUUACUUGCUCUAUUUUUUUUCUUUGAAGAAAAAAAUUUGAAUCUUUCGUUAUCCUUCAGACUUUAAAAAAAUAUUUAACGAAUUCUUGGUUUACUCCAAGGGAAAAGGAUCUUUUGCUUACCCCUUAUCUCAUUCUUGUAUGGUAAUGUGAUAGAUUGGGUCGGGGAGGAGCAAUAUAGGUAAAAUUUUGAAAUGUAUAAAAAGUAAAAGGUUCGAUUGUUGGGUCAGAAAGAAAAUGAAUAUAAAUGGCGUUUUUUAAAAGUCUGCAUGACCUAUGUGGUUAUGGAAUUUUUUCCUAGCAAGUGAUUGCAGAUGAUUUAUGAGGGCUAGAAGAUAUUUUGCUAUCAGCUUAAGGAUUUUUUUCCCCUAGACUGUCCAGCUUUUUACUGUAUCAAACUGAGAAAUUACUUGUAUGAAUUGAAUAAACUUCUCUAUAUCAUUGUAUUGUUUAAUAGAGUCUCUAAUACAAUUGUGUGAUGCUCUUAGGGUAUUUUCUUCCCUUUAUUAUGAUUACAUUCUGGGCCAUAAACAUUGUAAGGGCUUCAUCUCAUCAUAUAAUCCAGUAUUGACUGCUUGCGUUCCUCCUGUACAUCUUGGCUUUGUGCUCAACUUCUUGAACUAACAUAAUCUACUCUUAAUUACUUGUGCUAAUCGAGGGGUAUCGUAACACAGGUAAGUCAAAUCCUGGAUAAACACACACUAGUUAAGGUUUUUCUUCUUGCUGUGGCCUACUGGAAGCCUUCCCAGCUGUACAGCUGUUAAAGUAUUUAAAACCCAGAGGGCACAAAUGGUAUCAGGUGGAGCUAAAUGCCUAGAAGCACUCCUUUUUCUGCCCUUGCCUCUUGACCUUGGAAGGCUUGCAUAUCUGUUCUCUAAGCUGCUCGAAAGCCAAUCUCUAGCAGAAAUAUGGAUAUAUUCACUAUAUCAACGGCUCACAAAUAAUUGAGAAUUGGCUUUGGUAGAAGAUGUGGCCAUGACUUGGAAACAAUGUCUAGUGUUAGCUCGAGACCUAGAAAUCUAGAUUCUUAUUCCUGGUUCUUCAUUUCUGUCACACACACUUUAUGAACAUUACAUCUAGAAAUUAACCUUUUCCUAUAUUGACCAUCUGUCUAACUAGUAACAAAAGUUUUUAGGGGAGCAUUUAGUCUUGGGUUUCGUGCUUAUAAAAUUUCUCUGUUGUCCUGAAAUAGACAGUGUACUACUGCAUAUAAAGUAUUCCUGUUAACCUAACUAUAAUUUAUAUUAUUUUUAACUCUUAAAGCUUCUACAUAUAAUGUUAACAUUCUUUAUUAAACAAUUUUUUAUUGAGCACAUUCAUAGUCAUUACUUGGCUUGUAAACGUUCACCUGAACUAUAUGACUACAAUCAUUUUUAAAUAAUCUGGAAAAAAAUGAAUCAUCACAUUUUACUCACUUUGCGCUCUUAAACAUUCCACCAAUGCCAUUAAGAGUUUACUUUGUCUUAGUCAUUUAAUGUUCUUUUAUGCAAAAUAACUUGUUUUUUUGCUUUCCAUGUGGAAAAAGUUAACAUUGGAACUGUGUGUAGUAAAAGAUUUUAUCAUGUAUCUAUCCAAGCACUAUCCCAUAGUCAGCACGUCAUAUUUUAAACAACUUGCAGAGAUUUUUCUGAAGUAGCUGUUAAGUUCAGCUAUUCCAUGGUUACUUUUGUGUUUUUGUGGUAUGUGAUAUGACAGUGUUUAUGGAAUUACCAAAUUCUUACAUUUUUAAAGGAACCUUGGAAAUUAUCAUUCUGAAUGAAAGUCUGUCACUUUAAAUGAAUAUGUGCUAAAAUUUGACCAGUUCAGCUUAAGACACAAAACAGCAACUUGAAGAAAAAAUGAGAGUUCUCAGUUAAUGAGUUUUUGUUGUUGCAGUAGGUUUUGUCGUAACAUUAUAAUAUCUCUAAAUGAAAAACCAUACAUAUUUGUUACCAUGUCUGAUGAUUACUUUGUGAAAAGCAAAAGUGGUCAUGUAAUAUACUAUAUGUUAAUUGCUGUUUUUAAAUGUUUAAACCAUGCCAAACAAAUUAUGUCUGUGCCACCCAGGGUUUAUUGUAAUCUUUUACUGAGUACUUGGAUUGGGAUAAAGGGCUUGUACUAUGCACUUUUUAUUAAUGAAUAAAUAGAAAACAUUAGUAACACUCA